UUUCUACAGAAGAAAAAACAUCCGCCUUCGCUUGCAUUCAUCACCACAUACUGGCUCAGGAAGGCGGUAGGAGAUAAGAGUGCCUUCAUACAUUUGCAAUGGCCAUUGAGCUGCGCUCCGGGGUGAAAUAUGGUUCGCUUUUGUCUCUCGCAGUGGUGUUGGUUGCAUACUUGUUACGAUCACCGGACCGCUCGGUUCUAGAUGACAGACUGGACGCGGUUUUGUCUUCAUUACUGCGCGCAGAGAGGAAAGUGGGCUUGAACGGCGUGUCCAGACCGAGAGUGGCCAUCGGUUUUGGUGGCUGUGUCGAUAUCAUCGUCGAUGGGGUGACUCUGCUGAACAAAAUCGGUGUGAAGCCAUCAGACCGCCCUUUUCAUCACGACUAUAUAGAGAGCGCAGAACAACUUGCUCAGAGUUUCGCCUUCUUUUUUCCACCCGGAGCUGCUUCUGAGAGAUUUGUGAUGAACGACACCCUCUUUAGUGAACUGGUGGAGGCUUCUCGUGAGUUGCCAGGAAACAGGUGGUCGAUCGGAGGUAACGCACCUGUCAUGGCCAGCAGGAUGGCGCUUGAGGGGUGCGAUGUGCUUCUCGGGGGAAGUUUCAGUACAGAUUUCACUGACAUCUUGACUCAGCGAAUCACAGUGGCAGGAAACACAUUGGAUGAGCCAGACAUCCACCUAAUUCUGGAGUACCCCACAGGAGCCACAUGGGGCCCGUACACCUCCCGAAGGGCCAAUAGAUAUAUAGUCCAUAGCGAUGACCAUAAUCCAUAUCUUGACUCCAUGGAGCAGUUUCAAGAGCAGCUAAAGGAUUUCAAGCCAGAUUUACUGGUGGUGGGUGGGCUUCAGAUGAUGGACAACUUCCCUUUCAAACACGGAGAGCGUGAGGCUUUGUUGAAGAAGCUGGCACAGAUGUUGUCCUCUGCGUCGCCUCAGACCGACGUGCAUUUUGAGAUGGCCAGCUUUGUGGAUGAGGAUCUGAUGUCGGAUCUAUUGGAGUUCAUUCUUCCACACGCCGACUCUUUAGGCAUGAACGAACAAGAGCUGCCCAAUCUCCUGAGCCUUUUCCGCGGCAACAACUUGACCGUCCUCUCCGAUCCCAAUCCUCGCGUAGCUACUGUUCUGGACCAGAUGCGAGAACUCUAUCGCCUGGUAAACCAGCGCCACCGAGAGGCCGGGUCAGGCCGGCCGCUCACCCGCCUUCACGUCCACACUCUCGCUUUCCAGGCCAUCAUCGUCAAGCGCGGCUCCCAGUGGAAGAACACCAUGUCGGCCACGGCCAAAGCCUCUCUGACCGCCAACCGGCACGUGUGCGGCUCGCCGGACAUCGACCUGAGUAAAGCGCGGCUCAUCAUGGACGAAUCGUUCUCCAUCAGCAGGAGAGAAGGCAGCCAGAGGAUUCCUCUGAAGGAGUCACGGCCCGUCUCGUGUUGGGAUGAAGAUGACUAUGAGAUCUGUGUGGCUCCUGUGUUGGUGUGCACAGAGGUGUACCAGACCGCCGGAGGAGGAGACAACAUCUCGGCGGCCGGACUCGUUUUGCAGAUCUGAGUAUGAGAGAUGGUCCCACAUGCUUUUAUUUAGAUUUUCUUUUAAUUGCGUUGUUUUAUUUUUUUGUGGGGAAAACAUAGCAUUACACAAUGUGCAAUAUAAACAUUGGGUCCAGUCGAUAUUUAACUUGUCAACAUCAGAAAAUUAAGCAACUAUUAUGAUUUUUGCAUUGUGAUUUAUUCCUGUAACACAAGAAAAUAUUGAUAAACUACUCACCAUUCAUAACCGUAGAAAUCACAAUGACUGGACACUGACAUUAUGGUAAUGAGAUUUUGUGAUUGGGGUAAAAAUGAAUCGCAAUGGAAAAGUUAUAAUGGUCCGACAUGUUUUUUGUGAGUUAUCUCACCUAUAGGUCAUUGAGUCCUGUUUACAAUUUAUUUUCAUUUUUAAAACACAUUUGCUUUUAAUGAGAACCUUUAUCAGAUUAAUGGCUUCACAAACAAUCCAAUGAGAUGCCAGGAAUCUUGAAGUAAUACAAAUGAAUGAUCGAACAGUCAGAGCUUUGAUACAAAAUGACUGAAAUCCGCUUAUGCAAAGUAAAAAUGCUUAAGAGGUUAGUAUGGGGCGUUUUGACAUGUUUUGUAAACCAAUGUUAACCUCAGUGCUUUAUCUUCAUUGGUCCAAUAUUUAUUAUUUACUCAUCUUACGCUUCACCUGCUUGACUCGUGUGAUUGCAUUUGUCUUAAAGCAAUGUCCUAUUUGCUCCUUUUCUUCUCAUUCCACGACUUAUUCUAUUCCUCUUUAACAAGCGUUUUCCGCAUGUUGUCACAUUAUUAAUCUUAUUUCAUUUAAUAAUGUCUUGAUUAACACUGUUCACUUUUUGCUUUUCAUUAGGGAACAUUGUAUAUUUUAACUCUUAAAUGAGAAAAUGCAUUCUCAGAAAAAAUGGUACCAAAUGCUGUCACUGGGACGGCACCCUUUAUAAAAUGUCCUAAUGCAAUUUAGGUACAUAUAAGUAUACAGUUAGUACCAUUAUGUAGGUACUAAUAUGCACUCUUUUUAGGUAUAACAGUGUACUUUUUAAAAAGAUACCACCCCAAUAUCAGCUUCUGUACCUUUAUUUCUGACAGUGUGGAAAUGUUUUUUUUUUUAAGAACAUUAAUUUUAAUCUGAUUGUCUUCAUUAUGUUUGAAUUCGGAUUUACAAAUAAUUGAAAUCUUUUUUUGCAACGUGCAUGAAACCAAAACCAAAAGUUUCUCUCAAACAUGUAUUUCAUGCAUACAUGUGCUCUGUGUUUCAAAAAUGUGCAUACUUUAAGGAGGAGGAUAAAAAAAAAGAAUUUACAUGGGUGAUCAUGGGCUCUGGAUACCUUUCUGCACAUCUUCCAUUAGCCACCCUGAGUGCAAAUUAUUACCUACCUCCUGUGCCUAUGAAAUUAUAAACGGAUGUCUAUUGAUUAUGUCGUAUGCUUGCAUUUAUUUACUUGACUGCUCGCCUAUGCUAGUGUAGCCUGAUAUUAUACAGGAGAUAGAUAAAGAUGUCCCACUCAAUGAGAAAUGCAGGUUGAGUGCAUUUAAACACUCAUCAGCUGAUAAAUAAAUCAUAUCUCAGGGAUUACAGUAGCCCGGAUGUCUAUGAUCCACAACACUUGAGGUUUGACCAAUUUAGCUGUGAGCAGCUGGUGUGAUGGGAGAGUUUAUCUAGGAUGGGAUUUGAGCCUUUAUAAAAACUGGCCAAGUGUUGGUCCAGUGGUGUGAACAAUAGCAGUGGAUGUUUUCGUUGUGAAUGUGAUUCAUGCAUCGAUUCAUUACUAAUAAAAUGAAAGGGAUUUAGAAGUAUGACAAAGCUUUAUGUGAAUCAAUUGUAGCAUUUGACUUUUUACAGAAAGGUAAUUUGCUGGAACAACUGGAAAUGACUGUUGUAAUGUUUUGUUUAUUCCCUCUUUUUUUGGCCAUGUGUUCUGUCAACAACACAUGUUUUGAAGGGGAAAUACUUGUUUCUGAAUGAUUCGUAUGUAAUAAACUAUUACAUUCCAUUAAUUGUA